AUGCCCGUUGUCAACGACAUUGUCACGAAGCUGACACCCCUCCCAUCAGUCGGCACCAUCCCGGGUAACAUUCCCAGUGGCCAAUGUCGUAUUUACGUCGACGCUUCAUGGGGCAGUGCGUCUUGCACUAUCGACACGAAUGAAACGACUCCCGUAGAUCGUCGUUAUCUACCCAGCAGCUUUGUGGACAAGGCCACUUGGAUCGCCUGGAAUCUACCUGUCGGACGGGUGGUGACACUGACUGAUCAAUACCAACCGCUCGCAUCCGGCAAGAGUGUAGGUGAUCUCCAAGGGCUCGGCAGAUCUGUUGAUCUGGUAGGAACUGGCAAAACUGAAACUGUCAACCUACUCAACUGUGGUGUGAAUGACUUGCUAGCCGCAUGGUUUUGGCGCGAGGUCGAUCUCCGAAUUGGCGCCAUCGAGAUGUAUUCGGAACUCAAUUUCACCGGCCUUCGUCACACAUUGUUCCUGAGCGAGUGGGAAGGGAACGUCAUCCAUUCGCUCGCCGGAAUGUGGAUGAAUGACGACUUGACUUCGAUCAAAUGGAAAACCUUGCAAGACGGCCAAACGGUGACAUUCUGGGAACAUCCAGAUGGUAGUGGCACAUCCUUCAACGAGGUCAAGGGCUGGGGCAACAGCAAGGAGAUUAGCGACCUCCGCGAUAACCGUUUCUGUGAUGUUGUCAGCGCAUUCAAAUGGAGCGCCCUGUUUCCAGUGAAGGAAAUCAUUGACCCGGUUACAAUUCAAAAUGUGCCGUUCAACGCACUCAGUCAGCCUUCACAGCACAACUGGGCCAAUUCUAGCCCCGAGUCCCAGACUGAAUCGCUUAGCAUCAGGCUGACGGAGUCGGAAACUUUUACCGUUUCGACCACAGACACGUUUGUGACCGGUGUCAAAGUAACUGUCACGGGAGGCAGUGAAGCUAAAGAAGGUCCUGUCACCGUGAGUAUGAGUUUCAGUGUGGAGUUGUCCUACCAGUACUCGCAUAGCGUCACAAGUACAACGGGCGCAACGACUAGCAUAGAAGUUUCCGAGACAAGGGGUAUCACCUGCGCUCCUCAUGGAAAAACAAUUGGAACCUUAAUCUAUCGACUCGGCAAAAUACCACCUACGGUGUACAAAACAACCGCGCACAGAUGGUACACACAGAAAAUCACCGAUUCUCACGAGGAUCAAGGUUACUACAAGAGAGAUGAGGAUAUAACUUUCACUGCUGGUGGAGGUAUUGGGAGUAUUCUCGAUGCAACCACGGAUUUCUACCCAUAUUUUGGAACAGGUCAUGACUUCUUUGACAUGGUACCACUCGAAGGGAAGCGCAUCAAGUCGUCCAAAGGCGAGAUCUAUCUAUGCCUAGAUGGAAAGGCUCGACUUUUGACAAGUUCGGCCGUGUAUCAAGGACUAUUCGGCGACGACUACAAUGGUGUUGAGCUGCUGUCAGAUACCGUCAUCAAUGCGGUUGCCAGAGGAGGCGCAAUCACUGCAGACCAUGCCCUCAUCACUUCCAAUGAUGGUCAGCCCGAGAUCUAUCUUCUUGAUCAGAACAAGAAGAGGUGGAUUCAAGACCCGACUACUUUCAACUUUUAUGGCUUCAACUGGGAUCGUGUCGUGCAAAAGAACGUGAACAGAUUUGUGACUGGACUUGUGAUCAAGCAUGAGGAGUGA